GCCCUCGCGGGGUCCUGCUGCUCGCACCUCCUUGCAUGACGCGCACCCCUGGGCGCAGCGGGCGAAUGGUCUGGCCCGUUGGUAGCCGCCACCCCUUGGGCACGACAGUGCUCCAGCUGCUCCUGGUCGGGUCGAGCUUCUGAGCUCUGAGCCGUGGCUGCCCCGGGCGGUGGGCGAGCUGAGGGGAUCCCAGGGCCACCAGUGCGUGGUCGACGGGGAGCCGCCAGCCGCGGGCAGGGAGUGUGGAUCACCAAGGGACCAGCCACUGGAGUCACCUGGCGAGGUGCCUAAGCUGUAGCUUCCUAGCCCAAAACUUGUGUUGUGAAAUCUGAGAUUUUGACCCAGAUACUAUGAUAGAAACUUCCUGUGAUUUGGGGCCAUAUCCUACUUAGAUGAACGCGGGACUUCCAGAUUUUCUGAGAGCUUGGUACUGUACGUGCGUUUCUUGCUCCUUUGGAGUGGGUGACCAUGCCUUCUCUGCCUCAAGAAGGGGUAAUUCAGGGAUCCUCUCCCCUGGAUUUGAAUACAGAGUUACCUUAUCAAUGCACAAUGAAAAGGAAAGUCAGAAAAAAGAAAAAGAAGGGAGUCAUUACAGCGAAUGUUUCUGGGACAAAGUUUGAAAUUGUUCGUUUAGUAAUAGAUGAAAUGGGAUUUAUAAAAACUCCAGAUGAAGAUGAAACUAGUAACCUUAUAUGGUGUGACGCUGCCGUUCAGCAGGACAAGAUCACGGAACUGCAGAACUACCAGAGAAUCAACCAUUUUCCAGGAAUGGGGGAGAUCUGUAGGAAGGAUUUCUUAGCAAGAAACAUGACCAAAAUGAUCAAGUCUCGGCCUCUGGAUUACACUUUUGUUCCUCGGACAUGGAUUUUCCCUUCUGAAUAUACUCAAUUCCAAAACUAUGUGAAAGAAUUGAAGAAAAAAAGGAAGCAGAAAACUUUUAUAAUAAAGCCAGCUAAUGGUGCAAUGGGCCAUGGGAUUUCAUUGAUAAGAAAUGGGGAUAAAAUUCCAUCUCAGGAUCAUUUGAUAGUUCAAGAAUACAUUGAAAAGCCUUUCCUAAUGGAAGGCUACAAGUUUGAUUUACGGAUUUAUAUUUUGGUGACAUCCUGUGAUCCGUUAAAGAUAUUUCUCUACCAUGAUGGGCUUGUGCGAAUGGGGACAGAGAAGUACAUCCCGCCGAACGAGUCCAACUUGACCCAGUUAUACAUGCAUUUGACCAACUACUCAGUGAACAAACAUAAUGAGCGGUUUGAACGCAAUGAGACCGAAGACAAAGGCAGCAAACGUUCAAUCAAGUGGUUUACAGAAUUCUUACAAGCCAAUCAGCAUGAUGUUUCCAAGUUCUGGAAUGAUAUUUCAGAACUGGUGGUAAAGACUCUAAUUGUAGCAGAACCUCAUGUCCUGCAUGCGUAUCGGAUGUGCAGACCCGGCCAGCCCCCAGGAAGCGAAAGCGUCUGUUUUGAAGUCCUGGGGUUCGACAUCUUAUUGGAUAGAAAGCUAAAGCCAUGGCUUCUGGAGAUUAAUCGAGCCCCAAGCUUUGGAACUGAUCAGAAAAUAGAUUAUGAUGUCAAAAGGGGAGUUCUGCUAAAUGCAUUGAAGCUGCUCAACAUCAGGACCAGCGACAAAAGGAAAAACUUGGCCAAGCAAAAAGCCGAGGCUCAAAAGAGGCUGUAUGGUCAGAACCCUAUCAGACGAAUUUCGCCGGGCUCCUCGGAUUGGGAGCAGCAGAGGCAUCAGCUGGAGAGGCGGAAAGAAGAGUUGAAAGAGAGACUAGUUCAAGUACGGAAGCAGGUUUCCAGAGAAGAGCACGAAAACCGGCAUAUGGGGAACUACAGGAGAAUUUAUCCUCCUGAAGAUAAAACACUGCUUGAAAAGUAUGAAACUUUGCUGGCUGUUGCAUUCCAGACCUUUCUUUCAGGAAGAGCAGCUUCAUUCCAGCGAGAACUGAACAACCCUCUGAAAAAGAUGAAGGAGGAAGAUAUUUUGGAUCUCCUGGAACAGUGUGAAAUUGACGAUGAAAAGUUGAUGGGAAAAACUACCAGAAUCCGAGGACCAAAGCCCCUGUGUUGCAUGCCGGAAUGUGCGGAGGUAAUGAAGAAGCAGAAGUAUUAUUGUAGCAGCGAGAGCAGCUAUGACAGCAGCAGCAGCAGCAACUCAGAGCUGGAUGAGAGUGAAAAAGAGCUGUGUCAGAAGAGACGAGAGCAAGCUCCGUAUAACCUUAAACACACCAGUCACUGCAAGCUAAUUCAGCAAUCCAAUUCCAUGAGGCGUUCGGUCAGCUGCCCUCGAUCCAUCUCUGCUCAUUUACCUUCCAGUGGGGAUGCACGCCCCUUUUCUUCUCAACAAGUGAUACCAUUAGCACGACCAACUUCAGCAACUCGGUCACAUUCCUUAAACCGUGUUUCCUCCUACAUGAGACACCUGCCCAGCAGUAACGAUGCCAGCUCUACCAACUCUCUGGUGAAUGAGUCUUUGCGGCAAUUGAAAACAAAAGAACAGGAAGAUGACCUCACAAGUCAGACCUUGUUUGUUCUCAAGGACAUGAGGAUCCGCUUUCCAGGAAAGUCAGACGCAGAGUCAGAGCUUCUGAUAGAUGAUAUCAUGGAUAACUGGAAGCAUUAUAAAACAAAAGUGGCUUCAUAUUGGCUCAUAAAAUUGGACUCUGGGAAACAACGAAAAGUUUUGGACAUAGUAAAAUCAAGUAUCCGUACAGUCCUUCCAAGAAUCUGGAGGGUCCCUGAUGCUGACGAACUGAUUUUAUAUCGGAUUUUCAACCGGGUGUUUAAUCGCUUACUCUGGAGUCAUGGCCAAGGACUUUGGAGCUGUUUUUGUGAUUCAGGGUCCUCUUGGGAGAGCAUCUUCAGUAAGAGCCCGGACAUGGUGACUCCUCUCCAGCUCCAGUGUUGCCAGCGCUUGGUGGAGCUUUGCAAGCAGUGCCUGCUUGUGGUUUACAAGUAUACAACAGAAACGAGGGGGCCCAUCUCAGGCAUUGGCCCUGACUGGGGUAACUCCAGGUAUUUGCUACCAGGAAGUGCCCAAUUCCUCAUGAGAUCACCGCUGUACAACAUGAAGUAUAAUUCACCUGGAAUGACUCGCUCCAAUGUUUUGUUUACAUCCCGAUAUGGCCAUUUGUGAGACUGAAUGGAAGAUUACCAUGGGCUAUGGAUAAUAGCAAUUAACCCAUUUUCUCCAGUUGAACCUUAAGGAAGUGACCCUUAUGUGCUGUUUUAUUGUAUAUAUGUCAUAUAAGUGUGUAGAAUACAUACACACAUGCACUCAAGUAACAUAAAUAUAUAUAUUUAUUAUGUGUAAGAAAAGUUAGCAGAAAACUGAAUAUAAGAUUUAACCUUUCUGGAAAUGUAAUAAACCAUGUUAAAGUUGUUUACACAAAUAUGCAAAUGUGUAGAAUUUGCUAGGUUUAUACUUAAUUACUUCCUACUAGAAAUAUUAUUUUUGCUGCAGAGUGUAUAAAGCAGAAUUGAUCUUGAAGAUCCCAUCACAGUGUUAAAUUAUUUUCUAGAUAACACAGCUUUGACUUCAGAAAGCACUAAUAGUAUCUCAUUAAUUCUCUCACUCAUUGUAGAUAUUUAACAGUGAAACACAAGAGACUUAGAGCCCUGGGGUUGGCUUGAUGGUAGGAUUAGGAUAAAACGGCAUUGUCGUUAUUAUAGCACAUUGUAAAGUACUAGAAGAUAUCCUAGCCUGACUUUCCAACAUUUUAUUCCCCAUGCAGAAAUUUAACUACUUGAUCUAGUGUAUAUUUUCAAUAAAGAUCAGAUAAGA